CGCAAAAGUAAAACAACAAUCUCAUCAGAGGUCGAUCCGCUGGAUAUGAAUCAUUCGUAAUAAUCCGUACAAACUAAGACAAAAAAAUGUUUGGAAGGUCAACAACAGGUUUUGAUAGAGCUCUAGAGAAGGCAACAAGCCAGUUAUUGCUUGAGCCAGAUUGGGACUCUAUACUCCAGAUAUGUGAUCAUAUACGUCAGAAUGAUAUCACACCAAAAUAUGCCAUGAAUGCUAUAAGAAAAAAGGCUGGUCAUGAGAAUCCACAUGUUGCAAUGUUUGCAUUACAGGUGCUGGAAUCAGUGGUGAAGAACUGUGGAUCUGGAGUGCAUACUGAGAUAGCAACCAGAGAGUACAUGGAGUACAUGAAAGAACUUGUUAAGCUGCGAAGUGAUCCUGUUAAGGCAAAGCUUCUCGAACUGGUUCAGGUUUGGUCACAUGCCUUUAGAAAUGAUCCAAGUCUCAAGAUGAUACAAGAUACAUACCAUCUCAUGAAAAUGGAAGGCUAUUCAUUCCCCACUCUGAAAGAGUCUGAUGCUAUGUUUGCUUCUGAGAAGGCUCCCGAAUGGAAAGAUGGAGAUUGCUGCCACAGAUGCAGAGUUCAGUUUAGCACAUUUCAGCGAAAGCACCAUUGCCGUAACUGUGGCCAAGUGUUUUGUGGUAAAUGCUCCUCUAAGAACUCCAUUAUCCCACGAUUUGGUAUUGAACGAGAAGUUAGAGUAUGCGAGGCGUGUCACGAUGUACUCAACAAGGGAUCAGAGGGCUCCAAGAGCAAGGAUGAUGAUGAGACUCUUCCCCAGGAAUAUCUCAACUCUCCACUCUCCAAGCAGCCACAGACCCCUUCAACUGGAGGAAGCUCAGGAGGGAAGACGGAUGAAGAAUUGCGUGAAGAAGAGGAACUUCAACUCGCUUUAGCUUUAUCUCAAAGUGAGGCUGAGAGUUCUAAGGCUAAAACAAAGAACAACUACUCGUUGCAUGGCAGCCAGAAGUCGGACAACAGCCACAGUAACAUUCAAUCAAACAAUGCCAUCUUAAACCAGACGCAGGUUGCACCAAUGAUGGAUACCAGUGAUAUGGAUCCAGAGCUGGCACGCUAUCUGAACCGCAACUAUUGGCAACAGAAACAGGAAGAUUUGAAGAGUUCUACUGUUUCUACAACAACUCCCAGUGCACCUGCACCCACAGCAACUAGUGCUAGCAGUGAACCCAAGAACACGAAUGUUGUUAGCUCUCAGCAAACCCCUAAAGUGCAAGAGCAGAUGCAGAAUGGUGAAACUGAAAAUGUUGACAGAGAGCAGUUUUUGAGUGCAUUGAAGUCGAGUGUUGAAAUAUUUGUUAAUAGGAUGAACAGUAACUCAACUAGAGGUCGCUCCAUUGCAAAUGAUUCCUCUGUUCAAACAUUGUUUAUGACAUUGAAUGCCAUGCACCCACAGCUGAUGGAGUAUGUGCAACAAGAGGAGGACUCUAGAGCUCACUAUGAGUCCCUGCAGGACAAGCUUGCUCAGCUACGUGAUGCUCGUGAGGCUCUUGAUGCUCUCAGGGAGGAUCACAUGGAGAAGAAGCGCCAAGAGGCAGAGGAACUGGAAAGACAGAGACAGAUUCAAAUGGCCCACAAACUUGAGAUCAUGAGACAGAAAAAACAGGAGUACCUGGAGUACCAGCGACAACUUGCCCUUCAGCGAAUGCAAGAGCAGGAGAGAGAAAUGCAGAUGAGGUUUGAGCAGCAGAAGCAAAUGACACAAAUGAGACAGAUGCAACAGUAUGGGAGCUUUCAACCUCAGGGUUACCCUGCACCUGGUGUUGGAGGGUACAGUUCAGUUGAGGGAUCCCCACAGCACUAUCCUCAGCCCCAGCAAGGCUACCAGCAACCACCAGUGCCACCUAUAGCCAACAACCAGGGGGCCCCUGGUUCAAUGAUUAUGCCUCCUGUUGGCAUGGUGGCACCCCCUGGUGGUCAACAGUAUACACCAGCAGGCUACACACACCCAGCAGGGCCCCAGCAACCAUUCCUGCCACAGGGGGCAAUGGCUGGGGCACCUCCAGUGAGCACUGCCUCUGGUACAUACCAGGCUCCCCCUGGUGGAAGCUACCAGCAGCCAAGUCAAGGCAACUACCAGCCUGCACCUGCCCCUGUACAACAACAGGGAUACACACAGCCUCCUCAGUCUAUGGACUACCAGAGUUUCAACCUUCAAAGCAUGAACUCGGCACUGCCCAGUAUUCCAAGUCAAGUGGGCCAACAAGGGGCUUUCCCUCCCCCAGGACAAACUCAACAGCAACAGUACAUGGCACCACCCCCAGGCCAGGGACAACCUCCCCCUCAACAAGGCCAACCUCCCCCUCAACAGGGACAACCUCCCCCUCAACAAGGCCAACCUGAGCAGUUGAUAUCAUUUGACUGA